UUGACUAAUUAAUAGACUAGUCUUUACAAGGAAAAAAGAUUGAGAAAGAUGUUGAAGGAAAAAAAAUUACUAAAAGAAUGUUGGAAUUAAAAAUUAACAAUUUUCUUUUCUGUAGAUUUUUUUUUUUUUCAAUAGAAUCCUUCAACUUGUUAAUCCCCUAAAGUAAUUUCUUCUUAUAUAUGUAAUGUUUAUGCCUUGACAAAUUUAAUAAUCAAAGUGGAAAUGCAAAAAUUUAUUUGUUUUAGUAAUAGAAGCUAGAGUUCUAACUGGAUAGGCAUUACCUUCUGUCUUUUCUUCUUGUGUAAUUUAAUUGUAUUAUUAAUUAACUUGACUGUUUACCAGAAGACUUAAAAAAAAAAAUUGAUGAUGAUGAUGUGUUUUCUAAAUUAAUACAAAUAAAAUUGCAAAAAAUUAUUGCUGAUUCGGUACUGGCAAGCAUUAUUUAGAAUAUAAUAUAUUGCAUUUUGACGAAAUCAAUAUUUUUUUACUCUAAAACUAAUAAAAUUUCAACCAAUUCUACACUCUUCAGGUGGUUAGGCUGAACAGGACAUGAAAUCUAGCCUUUAAAACUGAUAUAUCAGGGACCACUUCAAUUAAUAAUACAACAAUUACUUGUAGAUUUCCCAUUAUUGUUUAGCGAAAACUUUUUGCUCAAAAAAAACCACGCUUGAGAAGGUUAUAGUGGGCAUGGAAAAGUCAAUUUGGGUAUCCAAACACGGCAGGAUUUCAACAACCAUUGAGCUAUAGGUGCUUGUGUAUUCCAAUUACUAAUAUAAAAAUAUCCCUAAAUUUUUAUUCCUCGUAAGUUGAAGAAAUUGAGGAUGAUAUGGUACCCUUCAUCAUUUAAAAAAAAAAAAAAAAACCAGACAAUGUUUGCACACAUCUGAAUAUAAGUACACCUAAUUAAUAAAAAUUUAACAAAUUAUAAUUUUAAAUAAACCCUAUCAGAAUUUUAGAUGGUGUAUACGCCCGCACGUCUCAAGUUGGUGAGACUUGGCGUUACAACUCUAAAGCUCCAAGCCCCUAGCCACCCCACCAUCUCCCCACUACCCUAUUACUCUAUGCCUUUUCCCACCCAACUCUUGUUCCUUCUCCUUCUCCACCAAUGCACCCCGUUACCACCACCACCCUGACGUUCACCAUCAUCGUUUUCGUUUUCUACGUCGAUUUUGCGACGUCGUUUUCAUCCAAUGAUAAUACUCUUUACAGCUGCGACCAGACCUUCUAUUGUGGGCAUAUCACAGAAAUCUACUACCCUUUCUCUGGCGGCCCACGUCCUGCCUCCUGCGGCUUUCCUGGUUUCCAACUAACUUGUGUCGACGAUUCCAUCACUCUUCUAACGAUUAACUCGCUGAGUUAUAGAGUCAUCCAACUGGACCAAAUCAGCCAGACUAUGGUUCUGUCGCGGUCGGACCUCUCCAAUUCUACAUGCACUCAGCAAUCAGCCAACACCACUUUCAAUCACACCCACUUCACUCUCGGCUCCAACAAUGAAAUCCUUUCUCUGUUUUAUGGGUGCAACGAUUCUUUCAUGCCAAUUAAGCCUCAUAACUUAUUCACUUGUGAAAUAAACGGGAAGAAAGACGCGCAUUACUUGCUUGGUCCGGUUCCCAGUGAUCCCACUAUGAACAUAUUUCAGUGCAGUGUUAGUAUGACGGUGCCAAUUCUCAAUAGUUUAGUCCAUAUUCUUGAGGGCAAUAGGUCCUUACUUGGGGAGGUUCUGAGAGAGGGGUUUAAUGUGAGUUAUACUAUUCCUUAUGCUGGUGAUUGUGCCGAGUGUUAUCGCAAGGGCGGGUUUUGCGGGUUUGAUUCAGGCUCGGAAAGUUUCCUUUGCAUUUGCGGUGAUCGGCGUUGCCAAGGGGGGAAAUCUAGCAACGUUGGACUUGGAGUAGGACUUGGUAUAGCAGGUGCAGCAGUUGUUGGUAUUGGUUUGGUAUGUUGGGCUUUGUUCAUCAUACAACGUAGGAAAAGAAUUGCUGCCCAGACACAGAGUCAAGACCUGCCUACACCUCCUUCAAGCAAAGGCCAACCUGCUCCUAUAAUUAAUUUCUCUCAAACCACCCCUUCUUAUCCCUCCUCGAAGUCUGACCUUGAAAAGGGAAGUACCUACUUUGGAACUCAGGUAUUCAGAUAUGAGGAACUUGUGGAAGCCACAGACAAUUUCAGUCCUUCCAAGGAACUAGGCGACGGAGGCUUUGGCACUGUUUACUACGGUGUUCUCAAUGAUGGGCGUGUGGUUGCUGUCAAGCGUCUGUUUGAGAACAAUAUGAAGCGUGCUGAACAGUUCAUGAAUGAAAUUGAGAUCCUAACUCGUUUACGGCACAAGAGCCUUGUGUCACUCUAUGGAUGCACCUCAAAACGUAGCCAAGAGCUAAUCCUUGUUUAUGAGUAUGUGCCAAAUGGAACUGUUGCUGAUCAUCUUCACGGAAACCGGUCGAAAUCUGGUUUUCUUCCUUGGUCUGUUCGGUUGAGCAUUGCCAUAGAGACAGCCGAUGCUCUGGCUUAUCUACAUGCUUCAGAUGUCAUACACCGUGAUGUCAAAACCAACAAUAUUCUGCUAGACAACAACUUCGGGGUGAAAGUCGCUGAUUUUGGAUUGUCACGGUUGUUCCCUAAUGAUGUAACCCAUGUCUCAACUGCUCCCCAAGGCACACCUGGCUAUGUUGAUCCAGAGUAUUAUCAGUGCUACCAACUCACGGACAAGAGUGAUGUUUACAGCUUUGGUGUGGUAUUGAUCGAGCUUAUAUCAUCUUUACAGGCAGUGGACACCAAUAGGCAUAAGCUUGACAUUAAUUUGGCCAACAUGGCUGUCAACAAAAUCCAAAAUCAUGCAAUAAAUGAGUUGGUAGAUCCAUGUCUUGGGUUCAAGAAGGAUUAUGCAGUGAGGAAGAUGGCAACAUCCAUUGCAGAAUUGGCUUUCCGAUGCUUGCAACAGGAGAGGGAUAUGAGGCCUACCAUGGGAGAAGUCUUAGAGGCACUGAAAAAAAUUGAGAAGGAAGAUUACGGAUCAGAGAAAGCAGAGAUUCUGGAUAUAAAGGAGGAUGAUGUUGGGCUUUUGAAUCAUGUCCCUCCAUUUUCACCAGACUCAAUUGAGACAACUGACAAAUGGGUUAGCCUUUCUACUACUACUACUACUAAUAAUACUUCCUUCUAGUAGUUGAGAUUUGGUUAUCCUUUUUUUUUUUUCCUUAAAACCUGAAAAUAGGUGGUUGAAUUAUCGUGCACUUACUAUCAAAUGCCGUUGAGUAUGUUGAAGUGUCACUAUCUUUCCAUCUGCUUGGUGUUGUUUUAUUUUGUUGUUAAUAAAGUAGGUUCAGGCAAUGUACAUAUUAAAUCAUCCAUCACUACUCACACUGUUGUUCUUCAGUGGGAUGCAUUUAUACCUCUUCUAUGGUGGUUUUGAAGAUAAUGUACUUUUGAGUUUCAACUCCGAAGUCAUUUGCACUUGAAACUGGUGGAAGACAUUCUAAAAUUUUUACCUUUCUGUAUC